AUCUUGCCGCGCCGUGCCAGUGUGCGCAGGCGCCACCCUCGCGUCCUUUGACCCCUGCCCACGCGCAUGCGCAGCGCAUGCGCGGAUCGGUGCCCCGGGGCGUUGCUGGGAAACGUCCGCCGACGGCUGCGGCUGGCACCGGCCGACAUGGCGGCGGUGACGGCGGUGGAGGGGGUGCUGGCGCGGCUCGCGGCGGCCUUUCUGCUUCUCGCGGCCCAGGUGGCCUGCGAGUACGGCAUGGUGCACGUGAUCUCUGAGGCCGGGGGCCCCAAAGGCAAAGACUACUGCAUCCUCUACAACCCGCAGUGGGCCCACCUGCCGCACGACCUCGGCAAAGCGUCUCUCCUGCAGCUGCGCAACUGGACGGCCUCCCUGCUCUGUUCUCCCACCGACCUCCCGGCCCACGGCUUCAGCAACCAGAUCCCGCUGGUGGCUCGUGGCAACUGCACCUUCUACGAGAAAGUGAGGCUGGCGCAGGGCAGUGGGGCACGCGGGCUGCUGGUCGUCAGUAAGGAGAAGCUGGUACCCCCGGGGGGCAACAAGACGCAGUAUGAUGAGAUCGGCAUUCCGGUGGCCCUGCUCAGCUACAAAGACAUGCUGGACAUUUUCAGGCGUUUCGGCCGUGCGGUGCGAGUGGCGCUGUACGCCCCCAACGAGCCAGUGCUGGACUACAACAUGGUGGUCAUCUUCAUCAUGGCUGUGGGCACCGUUGCCAUCGGGGGCCACUGGGCCGGGAGCCGGGACGUGAAGAAAAGGUAUAUGAAGCAUAAGCGGGAUGACGGGCUGGAGAAGCAGGAGGACGAGGCGGUGGAUGUGACGCCGGUCAUGACCUGCGUGUUCGUGGUCAUGUGCUGCUCCAUGCUGGUGCUGCUCUACUACUUCUACGACCACCUCGUCUACGUUGUCAUCGGGAUCUUCUGCCUGGCCUCCGCCACCGGCCUGUACAGCUGCCUGGCGCCCUUCGUGCGGAGGCUGCCGUUCUGCAAGUGCAGGGUGCCAGACAACAGCCUGCCCUACUUCCACAAGCGCCCUCAGGCCCGCAUGCUGCUCCUGGCACUCUUCUGCCUGGCCAUCAGUGUGGUGUGGGGCAUCUUCCGCAACGAGGACCAGUGGGCCUGGAUUCUGCAGGAUGCCCUGGGCAUCGCCUUCUGCCUCUAUAUGCUGAAAACCAUCCGACUUCCCACGUUCAAAGCCUGCACGCUGCUACUGCUGGUGCUCUUCCUCUACGACGUCUUCUUCGUGUUCAUCACGCCCUUCUUGACGAAGAGUGGGAACAGCAUCAUGGUGGAGGUGGCCACCGGGCCCUCGGACUCGGCCACCCACGAGAAGCUGCCCAUGGUCCUGAAGGUGCCCAGACUGAACUCCUCGCCUCUGGCCCUGUGUGACAGGCCCUUCUCCCUGCUGGGCUUUGGAGACAUUUUGGUGCCAGGGCUGCUUGUGGCCUACUGCCACAGGUUUGACAUCCAGGUGCAGUCCUCCCGGGUGUACUUCGUGGCAUGCACUAUCGCCUAUGGCAUUGGCCUCCUGGUGACAUUCAUGGCCCUGGCCCUCAUGCAGCGUGGCCAGCCUGCCCUGCUCUACCUGGUGCCCUGCACGCUGUUGACGAGCUUCACUGUGGCGCUGUGGCGCCGGGAGCUGGGCGUGUUCUGGACGGGCAGCGGCUUUGCGAAAGACCUACCUCAGCCUCCUUGGGCCCCAGCCCCUGCCGACAGCCCGCAGCCUCCCAAGGACUCGGACGCACCCCUGUCCCCGUCCCCGCAGCCUCCCGAAGAAGAACUGGCCAAGUCUCCCCCACCCGCCGAGCAGCCCCUGGAACCUGUCACGUCUGAGGAGAUGGGGGCCACAGCCACCACCCAGGAGCCCGGGAGCCCGGGUAGCAGCACCCCCGAACCCGUGGGCCGGGACCUGGCCCAGCCUGACCCUGAGGCUCAGCCUGGCGCCUUGGCCUAGGGGAGAGGGAGCAGGACUCACCCGCCACACCCGCAGGACAAGUACAGACGCAAGAUGCCCGCGGACUGCACCCGCCCGGCCGCCCCGCCCCAUGGUGCUCAUGUCAUCCUGAGGUCCUCGCGGGCCCCUCACGCCUUGCGCUCAGCUCACGUGGCUGCUGCAAGCGCUGGGCAGCGGGGUCUUCCUGGCCCCGUCCUUUGCGGUCCCUCUUUGGCGGCAGCAGACUCUGCAGGCCCCAGGCGCGUCCACAUCUGGUGCUUCCCUGCCGCUUCCCCAGGGCCCUGCUCUUGGCGGGGGAGGAGCCGCUUCUGCCCCCGAAGGUGCCACUUUCCCUCUGGCCACAGCCCGCACAGAUUCGCUCUCAUACCCGCUGGCGCAGACCUGAGACCGAGGUUCCUGCCACUGGGAGCAGACACUGGGCUGGGACAGCCCGUGAGGAGGGUCGGGGCCGCGGACGGCCUGCAGGGAUUGGACAGGCUGGUCCUUCCUGGCCCAGAGGCACCACACACGCACUUCUGGUUUUAAUAAAGUCACGACUUCUGGUUCUGGUAGUGUCGCAUCGAAGGGUGUGAGUCUCAGGCUGCCCUUCUGAUGGGGCGGGCGCGGGGUCCCUGGAGCCAGGGAGGGGGCCUGGCCGUGCACGGCGCUCAACUUCGUCUUCCAUGCCUUCGUUUUGCUGUGGUUGUCCCUGCGUCCUGGCCUUUGCGAGCAGCUUCCCAACCCUCCCGUGCCAGUGCCCGCCAGCCCAGCCCCCGCGUCAAGCAGGCAGCGGCUUUUCAUCUCAACAGCAAGGGGCCUCCGGAAUGUGCCGGCAUGUCCUGGAGCUGGCGCUGGGUCUUCUACCUCACUGACGGGGUUCUCUGGCGCCCAGGGCACCGGUGCCUGUGGUGGGACCAACCGAGCCACAGCCGGCCACCAGGCCCCGGCGUCCUCUGUCGCCACGUGGUCACUUGCGUAGCGGCGUCCCUGCGGCCGCCUGCACCGGUGCCAGGAGCCCAGCACCACCCUCCCUGCCCAUGAAGCCUCCAGACCUGAGUCCAGAAGGGGGUUUCUGUCCACAUAAAACAAAGGCAGGGACCCCACCCCCGAGGGACAGCCCGGCGCUUUGGUCUCACCGUUCCAGACGGAGGUGUUCCGGGCAAGCCGGGAUCCAUUCAGAAAAAUACCAGCACCAGAGACUUCAGUCCCAUCUUUCCAGGGAAAAAUGAUGGGUUUUUUCUCAAAAAAAGCAAAAGGUCAACGUCUCCUUUGUGUGUGUUUUUUAAAAAGCUCUGGGUGAACUGGAACAGGCGCGAGUGGACCUCUCCCUACCGCCACUGCGAGGACGAGGACAGCCUGGGGGCCUGGUGACUUGCUCAUGCCCGUCGGACUGCGCCUUAAUUUAAGCCAUUUUGUAUGUGGGGCUGAGAGUGGGGAUUUCUCUCUCUGGUGUCGGACGUGUGGCUGAUGUUGAGGAAUCGGAGGCAGUUUUCUUCAAGUUUCUGUUGUACGUGUUGCCUGGCUUCCAUUUGAGUCUCAUAAUUAAACACAGCUUUUGGUA